CUGGCUUUGUGAUUUUAUUCUUUAAUCUCUCUCGUCAAACAAACGGAUGUGAAAGGCGCCACUUCGUCCUCCUCUGUUUACACACCGAUUAAAGUUACGGAAUAACUCUGAGUGUUUGACUUUCUCUUCCAGCUUCCUCCCCGACCACGUCUGUGUCUUCCCCUGCUCGGUUUGUUCCAGUCCCGCUGCUUUGGAUCUGUUCUGGAGCCGUAUGAGGGAUUAAAGUGCAGAUGGAGUUAGUUGGAGUUAGCAGAAGGUUUUAAAGACGUCGUAUGGCCCUGCACCCAUGGGGUAGGUGUGUUGCUGCUGCUGCCAACAGGAUGUCCUGCUCCUGCUGCUGCUGUGUGACUCCCAGUGAACAGCUGCUGCACGGUCGACGUCUGUCUCCUCCUGCAGGGAAGCAGAAGAAGGAGGAGGAGGAGGAGGAGGAAGCGGAGGAGGUGGAGAGCAGGAGGAACAUGGACAUUUCAAUGCUCAGAGAACAGUACAGGAGCAGCAGAGACAGGCAGAGGACACACACUCAGGUGCUGCUGCUCAGGGAAGUUUCUGUGGAGCUGUCGGACGCUGUCAACGUGGUGCCAGUGUCUCAGCGUUUGGUUUCACCCCCGGCUGUGACCUUUGAACCCGAACUCCUGACCUACGACCCCUGGCACGUCCACCUGGACCUCCACCGGCGCUCCUGCCCCCCCCUCAGCGUCCAGCUGCCCUCGUCCUCCUCAGACACAACAAGCAGCGGGUGUUCUUGGUCUUCCUCCUCUGAGGAUGAGGCCAGAAAACAAUGUGAGGACUCAGUUUCUCUGAGCAGCUCCAAAGAAACAUCCUUCAGCGGCUCCAAAGAUCCCGUCUUCAGGUCUGCAGAAAAUUCAGUUCCCACAUCCUCUGACUCAGUGGACGGGAUCCAGGUUUCUUUUCCUGACUUCAGGACGUCCAGGAAGAGUUCGGUCUGCAGCUCCUUCGCAGAUUCUCAGGAACCUUCUGAUGAAAGCUCCACCCCCGUCGCCUCUGUAGCAUCAUCUACCACCAACAACCGACACCAGGACCCGGAGGAGCCUGAGAAAACCAGUGGCGUCCUGCAGACCAGCAGGAAGUCCUCAGCCCCGUCCCUCAGGUUCACCAGGCAGCUGAGUGUCGGAGGGGCGGCUUCGUUCUCCUCCAGCCACUACCCGUUCCCCAGCAGGAGGAACCCGAGGAUCUCUGAGGCCGCCAAGAGGCUGGGCAUGUACGCGUCCUUCUGAGGAGGUCGCACAACCAGAGAAUCCAGAUAUGAAAUAAAUCAAAUGUAAAAUCUAGAGAUGAAGUGAAAUUAAAAGUAAACAAACACAGAAACACAAAUCUGAAGACUAAACAAUUCACCGAGGGCCAGGACGCUUUUUCAAUCAGGAAUUCUUCUUCUUUUGGCAGGAAGCCCAGAGACGUGACUGGGUGCAGCUUCUUAGAUAUCGAGCAAUGGAGUCUCGUUCCUUCUUUAAGUAUGUUCAUCAGAAUCCUUCAGGUUGUUUCUACCUUUUAUUUAUUCUCCAAACAUUCAGCUUUUUUUUUUAUAAAUACAAAUAUUACUUAGCCAACAUUAAUACAUUAUAAUAUAAUAAAGUGACCUGGAAUUACACUGUGUUAUGUGGAAAGAAGACAUUUAGAAAAUUAUUAGGUUAGGUAACGCUUCCCUGUUAAAGAGUUAAAAGAGUUUUUUCUUUGCCACCACUGCUUUAGUGCUUGUUCUGGGUUCUAAAAGUGUCUUGAGACAACUUGUAGGUAAUUGAUGCUAUACAAAUACAAUUCAAUUAAAGUUGGCUUCA